AUAUACUGGUACGUUACAGCGUUAGCCGCGCUUUAACCGUGAAGCAGAAUUAGCUGUAGCGGCGCGCCGACAGUUGCCACGGAGGGCGGGAGUGAUACUCAAUAGUGUUCUCAGGUAAAGAUCGACACCUGUGACGGCCAAUAAGGAUUCAGGAGUGCAGAAGGCGAGCGAAUAGGAACGACAGUAGCGCGGGCUACGUGAUUGUUGAUCCCGCCCAGAAGAUUUACUUGGCAAAGAUAUAUAAUACUGUUUGAAAACAAUGGAGACUGAACAGCAAGAGGAGACCUUUACUAACACAGAGACAAAUGGCAAACGACCAGCUGAAGAUAUAGAAGAAGAACAGGCCUUCAAAAGGUCAAGGAACACUGAUGAGAUGGUGGAACUGCGCAUUCUGCUUCAGAGUAAAAAUGCUGGAGCAGUAAUUGGCAAAGGUGGCAAAAAUAUUAAAGCACUUCGUACAGACUACAAUGCCAGUGUUUCAGUCCCAGACAGCAGUGGCCCCGAGCGUAUACUGAGUAUAAGUGCAGAUAUUGAAACAAUUGGAGAAAUUCUGAAGAAAAUUAUCCCAACAUUAGAGGAGUACCAGCAUUACAAAGGAAGUGACUUUGACUGUGAAUUGAGACUAUUGAUUCACCAGAGUUUGGCUGGAGGAAUUAUUGGUGUCAAGGGUGCUAAAAUCAAAGAACUUCGAGAGAACACUCAAACCACUAUUAAGCUUUUCCAAGAAUGUUGCCCUCAUUCUUCUGACAGAGUGGUAUUAAUUGGUGGAAAACCUGAUAGAGUUGUGGAAUGCAUUAAAAUAAUAUUGGAUCUUAUAUCAGAGUCACCAAUAAAAGGACGUGCACAGCCUUAUGACCCCAAUUUUUAUGAUGAAACUUAUGACUAUGGUGGAUUUACAAUGAUGUUUGAUGACAGAAGAGGCCGUCCUGUGGGGUUUCCAAUGCGGGGCAGAGGGGGCUUUGAUCGAAUGCCUCCGGGCCGUGGUCGCCCCAUGCCUCCACGAAGAGAUUAUGAUGAUAUGAGCCCUCGCAGAGGACCGCCUCCACCUCCUCCAGGUCGUGGUGGUAGAGGUGGCAGCAGAGCUCGCAAUCUUCCUCUUCCUCCCCCUCCUCCUCCUAGAGGCGGGGACCUUAUGUCUUAUGAUCGAAGAGGCAGACCUGGCGAUCGUUACGAUGGAAUGAUGAUGCAGUGUCAUGUCAGUGCUUGUGAUGACAUAGAAACACCAGAAAUGUUCGAGGGUGGAUCGGGUUAUGACUAUUCUUACGCAGGGGGUCGUGGUUCUUACGGAGAUCUUGGUGGACCCAUCAUUACGACACAAGUAACAAUACCCAAAGACCUGGCUGGUUCUAUUAUUGGAAAAGGCGGUCAGAGGAUUAAACAGAUACGCCACGAGUCAGGAGCUUCAAUCAAAAUCGAUGAACCUUUAGAGGGCUCAGAAGAUCGAAUAAUAACUAUUACAGGCACACAGGAUCAGAUUCAAAAUGCACAGUAUUUACUGCAAAACAGUGUGAAGCAGUAUGCAGAUGUUGAAGGAUUCUAAUGCAAGAUAUUUUUUCUUUUUUAUAGUGUGAAGCAGUAUUCUGGAAAGUUUUUCUAAGACUAGUGAAGAACUGAAGGAGUCCUGCAUCUUUUUUUUUUCUUAAAUCUGCUUCUGUUUAAAAAGCCAACAUUCCUCUGCUUCAUAGGUGUUCUGCAUUUGAGGUGUAGUGAAAUUUUUGCUGUCACCAGAUGUAAUGUUUUAGUUCUUUACAUAUAGGUGGGUGGGGCUGGGACGGCCUGCAAAACUAACAUUGGUAUUUUGAAACAGCAGCAGAGAUGGUAGAUUUUAUUUUUAUUUUUUCUAUGUUGGUUGUAAACUGUAAUGUUUUCUGUCACUUGUGAAUCCAUCUGCUUUAUACUUUUUUUCAUUUUUGAAAUGGGGUAGUAACGCUGAUAGCCUGCUUACCCCAACAUCCAUUCAAUGCAGUGUGCAAAAAUGUAAGCGCUCUUUUGUAAAAUGUUCUAUGAUUUUAAAAAUAAAUUUAGUGAAACAAUU